AAUUUAUCCGUUUUGGAGACAACUCACAUUCUGGAAAGAAAACUUUAUUUAACAUAACUAGUGGGAGAAGUUAUCGGUUACAAAUCCCAAUUCAAACUGUGGAAAUCAGCGAACAAAUUACGAGGCUGAAAAUUAACAAAAUGGAUAUCUGUUUGAAAGAAGAAAAUCCACUGGCGCAGGGUAAUGUCGACUUUAGAAAAGUUUUUGCCGAAGUAAAUGGCAGUGAACACAUAUCACCGCUUGGUGAAAUGGUGGUUGAAACUUCAGACGGAAACAGCUCUAAAAAUGGUAUCAAGAAAGUGGAAAAGGAUGAUAAAGCAUUAAAAGAAGAUAACGAUAAGAUGAGUCAGGAUCUAAGUAGUCUAGAAGUCUUGGAGCAGAAAUCGGAGACUGAGAUUCGAAAAAGUGCACCUUUUCCGACGAAUAAGGACGUUAGACAUCAGGCCUACCAGCACAUACGGGACUACGAGGCUGACAAGCGACGCCUGGCAGAUUCCAUCGAAAUUCGGCGCCAGGAGCAAGCUAAGACCCUGGAGGAGAAGAAAAGGCAGCGACUGAGAAGCAGAGAGGCGGCGAUGGAGGAAAAAAGGCAGAAGGAAAGACUUAGACAUGUGCAGGAGGUCAAGAAUAGGCAACAAGAGCACCAUCAGGCUUCUCUUCAUUUACGAAGUCACCAAGAUGACGUCAAACGACUUGAUGGUUACAUAAACAACAUCCGGGAACAACAAACCAUGACCUUGCAAGAGAAGAUACGCAUCCGUCAAAAAAUGAAGAAAAAACUGCAGGAUCAACAUACUAACUCUAUCUGCAACGGCAAAACUUUAGACGACGGAAACGCGGAUGGAUGCUUAAACGAGGGAAGCUCCCCAUGCUUCGACAGUUGGACCGACCCUAAAGACAAAGAAUUUGUUUCCAUGGCAACGGAUAAGCCGCGUUCUGACGGUUGGACCGACCCUAAAGACAAAGAAUUUGUUUUCAUGGCAACAGAUAAGCCGCGUUCUGACGGUUGGAUCGCGACUGAUGACAGGGAGCUCGUUUCCAAGCCAACAGAAAGGCCUCGUUCUGACGGUUGGGCUGAGACUGAAGACAGGGAGGUUGUUUCCAUGGCAACAGAUAUACCGCUUUCUGACGGUUGGAUUGAGACUGAAGACAAAGAACUUGUUUCCAUGGCGUCAAAUAUGCCGCGUUCUGACCGUUGGACCGAGACUGAAGAACGAGAACUUGUUUUCUUGGCAAAGGAUAUGCCGCGUUCUGAUGGUUGGACUGAGAAUGAAGACAGGGAACUUGUUUCCAUGGCGUCAAAUAUGCCGCGUUCUGACCGUUGGACCGAGACUGAAUACAGGGAGCUCGUUUCUGAGGCAACAGAAACGCCGCGUUCUGACGGUUGGACCGAGACUGAAGACAAAGAACUUGUCUCCAUGGCAUCAGAUAUACCGCGUUCUGACGGUUCGACGGAGAAUGAAGACAGGGAACUUGUCUCCAUAGCAACAGAUAUGCCGCGUUCUGACAGGUGGACUGAGACUGAGUUCAGAGAGCUCGUUUCCAAGGCAACAGAAAUGUCGCGUUCUGACGGUUGGACCGAGACUGAGGACAGGGAGCUCGUUUCCAAGCCAACAGAAAGGCCUCGUUCUGACGGUUGGGUUGAGACUGAAGACAGGAAGGUUGUUUCCAUGGCAACAGAUAUACCGCUUUCUGGCGGUUGGAUCGAGACUGAAGACAAAGAACUUGUUUCCAGGGCGUCAAAUAUGCCGCGUUCUGACCGUUGGACCGAGACUGAAGAACGAGAACUUGUUUCCAUGGCAAAGGAUAUGCCGCGUUCUGAUGGUUGGACUGAGACUGAAGACAGGGAACUUGUCUUCAUAGCAACAGAUAUGCCGCGUUCUGACGGUUGGACCAAGACUGAAGACAGGGAACUUGUUUCCAUGUUAACAAAAAAGCCGCGUUCUGACGGUUGGACCGAGACUGAAGACAGGGAGCUCGUUUCCAAGGCAACAGAAAUGCCACGUUCUGACUGUUGGACCGAGACUGAAGACAGGGAUCUUGUCUCCAUGUCAACAGAUAUGCCGCUAUCUGACGCUUGGACCGAGGCAGAAGACGAGGAACUAGUUUCCACGGCAACAGAUAUGCCGCGCUCUGAUGGAUGGAUCGAGACAGAAGAUAAGGAAUUUACUUCUAUGACAACAGAUAUGCCGCGUUUUGACGUCUGGACCAAGGUAGAAGACAAGGAACUAGUUUUCAUUGCAAAAGAUAUGCCGCGUUCUAACAGCUGGACCGAGAUAAAAGACAAAAAACCUGUUUCCAUGGCAACAGACAUGCCGCGUUCUGAAGGUUUGACCGAGGCAGGUUCAGUUAUUAUGUCAACUGGAACCCAGCAUUCAGAUGAAUUUAGAAGUGCGAAGACUGGAGGACGGAUGGACGAUAUUACCCAAUUUUCUGACGUGAAGAAUGAUAUAACUAAGAAGCGAUUUGGAGAGCAGGUUAACAGUGAACAGGAGGGAGCUGGGGAGGCUAGGCGUGGGGCAACCAGCAAGGAGGGCGGAACGAUCCAACCCAAGGGCAACAAACACGAUGAUGACAAACACUAUGAUGAGAGAGACGUGCAUAAAAGAGCGGAAUCCAGGCAGAGCUUGCAAUGCUGGGCAGACGAAUCCCAGUUGAUCCCUCCGGCAGCUCGGUCCCAGACUCGCCGCGUCCAACAAGGCGACAUUCAGUACGUGGAGGUCAAGGGCAAGCGAAAGAAGAAAUUCCUGAAACUGUUGAUUUGCUGUCCCAUCGUCGUGCUCCUCGGAACAGUUGCUUUGUUCGCAUUCGCUAAAGGGCGCAAGAACGAGAAACCAAUCGAUAACGUAAACGUCACUAACGUUGGGACCGCUGGAAAACUUGGAAUGCAAAUCAUGGGCUCGUCAGCGAGGGAAACUACAGACGAGGCCACUACAGGGAAACCACAUAUGCAGGUGUCUACCUCAAGAAUAAUGCUCAGCCAAUCAGUGGAAAUGGAUAACGCUGCCUUUAUCCAAAAGAGUUCUUCUAACUUACGUCACGCAAGCCAUUCAACUUCGGUCACACAACUAAGAAGUCAUGCUAAUUCCGUGACGCUUAUUUUGGAAACAUCACCUUAUCUGCAGUUAUCGGUCACACAAUCCUCACAGCUCACUGCUUCAGUCAUGCACCUUCCAUUUCCCGGCAAGCAUCUCCUAACUUCUGUCAUGCAUUUCCAUGCUUCCGUCACGCAGCUUCCAGCUUCCGUCACGCAGCUUCCAGUCUCCGUCAAGCAUCUCCUAACUUCUGUCAUGCAUCUUCAUGCUUCCGUCACGCACCUUCCAGCUUCCGUCACGCAGCUUCCAGUCUCCGUCAAGCAUCUUCCUACUUCUGUCAUGCAUCUUCAUGCUUCCGUCACGCACCUUCCAGCUUCCGUCACGCAGCUUCCAGUCUCCGUCAAGCAUCUUCCAACUUCUGUCAUGCAUCUUCAAGCUUCCGUCACUCACCUUCCAGCUUCCGUCACGCAGCUUCCAGUCUCUGUCAAGCACCUUCCAACUUCUGUCAUGCAUCUUCAAGCUUCCGUUACGCACCUACCAGCUUCCGUCACGCACCCUCCAGUCUCCGUCAAGCAUCUCCCAACUUCUUUCAUGCAUCUUCAAGCUUCCGUCACGCACCUUCCAGCUUCCGUCACGCACCCUUCAGUCUACGUCAAGCAUCUUCCAACUUCUGUCAUGCAUCUUCAAGCUUCCGUCACUUACCUUCCAGCGUCCGUCACGCACCUUCCAGCUUCCGCCACGCAGCUUCCAGUCUCUGUCAAGCAUCUUCCAACUUCUGUCAUGCAUCUUCAAGCUUCCGUCACGCACCUUCCAGCGUCCGUCACGCAUCUUCCAGCUUCCGUCACGCACCUUCCAGCUUCCGUCACGCAUCUUCCAUCUUCCGCCACGCACCUUCCAGCCUCCGUCAUGCCCUUUUCAAUUUCCUUUACGCAUCCCCCAACUCCUGUCAUGCAACCGUCAUCAUCACUCACGUCUUCAGUUAUUCAUACACUUGACGAAGUUAUUGAUGAAUCGGAGACGAUUUGCCAAGAAGCUGAGGACUACACGAUUGACGAAGACACGGGCUAUACUCAUCGAUUACAGAGAAGGAUCGAUCGGUUGGUCUGGAGGUUGCAGUAUAUGUAUCAGGUGCGCACGUCUCGUCGUGUCACGUGGUAUGUGAGGCGAAGGCGCGAAGAGUUGGUGAUCAGAUUAUGCUCGUUGCUGAGGAGACUCAGUAAUCUUCACAGCACGAUGUAUUCACCAGUUGACCAUUUGACGGAUCUGCUGGGAAGAGUUUUGUGGGACUCUGAUGUGAACAUGAUGGAGUGUCAUUUUGGGGCGUAGCCUGUCCCAUAGAAGAUGGCGCACACGCAAGAUUUCAGCGCGCACUACCACAUUUUUCUUUAAGCGCGCGGAGAAAUACAACGUAUGGGGUGUCGUCGUCCCUCCACCGUCGUGAAUAACCUAGUAAUGAAUAAUAGUAAAACGCAUGCUCUAAGUGGUGUAGAGAUUAGAGUACACACGCAUGUUUGACGUCAUUGCGCGCGCCUUUUACUAAAAUUAAUUUAGUUGUUGUAUAAAAAAAUUAUUUUCCGUUUAUA